AUGAGCAGUACCGUGUCAAUUCCCCAGACAUUCGACUCCUUUACCGAGACCUGGCAGCCUCACCUUGUCGCAUCCGUCAAUGACCAGCACGUUAAGAUCGCCAAGGUCGACGGCGAAUUCAUCUGGCACGCACACCCCAACUCUGACGAGCUGUUCUACCUGCUGGGAGGGGAGUUGACGCUCGAGAUCGAAGACCGAGAUUCGGUUGUCAUGUCAAUUGGGGAUGUGUUUGUUGUGCCGAAGGGCGUUAGGCAUAGGCCCGUAGCUAAGGAUGCGCACAUACUCAUGGUCGAGAAAGUUGGAACGGUAAACACCGGCGACGAGCCGGCUUCGGAGCGGACAAGAGAGGUCAAGGAUGUCAGAUCAGUGACCUGA